CUUCCAUGUCGUCCUUCACUUAUUGCUCAUUCCAUUCCAUUAAUGCCCAGGGAUCACGUGCUGCCCCGCAACCGUGCGCCCGAUUUUUUUUUGAGGGAAACCCAACCUUAUUCACGCCAGGUCCCGCCUCCAACUCUUAAAAAACAAUUAGUCCGCCCAUCAACUUUUGCCAACACCGAAAUUUGCGAUACUACCAAGACCGCUUCUUCGUCGCCUUUUCGAUCAUAUCAAGUACGUCCGCCUGCAUCUCGAUACAUAUCGUAGCUACAAUUCCGUCGAGAUUGCGAAGAAGAAUUCUACAUUUUUCUUCUACAACUUCUAGCGAACCCCCACUAACAUCAAGCCUAGUCCUCUCCAUUUUCUGUUUAUCUCAUAACAACCGAAGAUGGCAGCUGAAACGCCUACCUUCAAGCUCGUCCUCGUCGGCGACGGUGGUACCGGCAAGACCACCUUCGUCAAACGUCAUUUGACUGGUGAAUUCGAGAAGAAGUACAUGGCAACUCUCGGUGUCGAGGUUCACCCCCUUGGCUUUACGACCAACUUCGGCAACAUCACCUUCGACGUCUGGGAUACCGCUGGACAGGAGAAGUUCGGUGGUCUCCGCGAUGGUUACUACAUUAACGGCCAAUGUGGCAUCAUCAUGUUCGAUGUCACCUCCCGAAUCACUUACAAGAACGUCCCCAACUGGCAUCGUGAUCUGGUCCGUGUCUGCGAGAACAUCCCCAUUGUUCUGUGCGGUAACAAGGUCGACGUGAAGGAGCGUAAAGUCAAGGCCAAGACUAUCACAUUCCACCGCAAGAAGAACUUGCAAUACUACGACAUCUCGGCUAAGUCCAACUACAACUUCGAGAAGCCCUUCCUGUGGCUUGCUCGCAAGCUCGUUGGCAACCCUGCUCUGGAAUUCGUCGCCGCACCCGCCCUCGCCCCUCCCACUGCUCAAGUCGAUGAGAAGCUUCUUGAGCAAUACAAGAAGGAGAUGGACGAGGCUGCCACCAUGCCGCUGCCUGGCGAGGAUGACGAUGACGACUUGUAAAUGAGCAACAACGAGAGGAUAUGCCACAUGAGUAGGAUGGGUCACGGUAAUACUUCGACUUCAUGAAGGAUAAGGGGCUUGUGUGAGCUAGUGCGGAACAAUUAAGCUGCACAAGCUGGAUUGGGACCGAGGACCUUUCAUAACCGUUGAUUUCGCAUGCAUGGCUGCGUUCAGCAGCUACUAGAUAGCAACAACACCCAAUAGAGAGUUACGAGAAAGGAAUUGCAGGUCUAAUUCAUAGGUCUAAUAACGCCUAGGUACCUAUGUAUAUCGGUAUUUCCGCGAUUUCUGCAUUCUUUAGUAUCCCAUGCAAACAAGCGUAGUAAAAGCGUUUACGCAGGUAAGCUAUCGCCAAAUAUCUUCAAGGUUCUGAUUCUGCCGAGAUAUCCUUAUAUUCUUAUGUACCGUGUACGUAUGAUUGAUAGUGUUGAUUACAAAGAAAACCAGACCCGCUGCGCCUAUCCGACAGUUCAUGAAGGUUUAGGUAGGUAGGUACCCUGAGGUACACAGCUAACAAUGCAAGUCAUAGAGUUUGUCCAAUCGAAAUGGAUUUUUGGACCCCAAGAUACUUUAACAGCAAGGAUAUUGGUGUUAAGUUUGAUGGGGCUCGCGGUGCACUGGCAACCUGGUGACCAAUUUGGCCCAGUUUGGAGCAGUUUGGCCGGAA